GCGAACAACGGGCUAACGCGCUUUCCAUUUUUCGACGUCGUCAACACCAUCGUACUGCGAAACCCUCCUUUUGCCAUAUUUGCCCUGCGCCACCACCACUACAGAAGAUAACAUCAUCAUCGUUACGGCUGCACCCAUACCAAGUAGUCACUAUAUCAACUGCGCGAUAUAACCAUCAUUCAUUACCAACCACAUCUCACAUACCACACGUCCACAUACAAACUCCUUCUCACAAUUCAAAUUAGAGAUGCGCUUCCUUGCAACUGCGGUCGUUGCGCUGUGCGCAGGCAUUGUCGCCGCACAAAACAACGCCAUCAGUGUUCCUUCGGGUCAAAGUACUCUGGAUGUGACUGCUGGUCAAUCCCUUACAAUUCAAUGGACGAACCCAUCGAGUGGCACCGUCACAAUCAAAUUACAGCAGGAUCCCAUCACCCCCGACGGCGGUAUCACCUUGGCUUCUGGCCUUUCUGCUUCCGAUGAGACCGCAACACUCUCAAUACCUUCCGGUAACGAAGUAAACUCGCACGAGUACACCAUCGAAAUCAUCGAUGAUACAGACUCGAGCAACAUCAACUUCUCCCCGAAUUUUGGUAUUCAGGGCGCGACCGGAACCGCAACAGCGUCCGCCUCUACCGUUUCAACGACCGACAGCGCCACAAGCAGUGCCUCUGCUACUUCUUCCAGCGGCUCCACAACCAGUGGCUCUACCAGCUCUGCUUCAGCGGCUACCACCACAUCCUCGAACAGCAGUAGUAGCACGGAAUCAUCUGCGACGACCACGACGUCGUCCGAUUCCAGCACAUCCUCUUCGGCCACUGCUUCGUCAUCGCAAACCACGUCUGCUCCGAACACUAACAGCGGCGCGACUGAACUCAAAGUGCAAGGAGCGUUUCUAGCAGCCGCUGCUGCAAUGAUCGCGCUGCUGUAAAAUCUUGGGAAAUUAAACAAACAAAACCGCACCAAGACUUGUCAUCGAAGCGCUGUGAGUACAGCUCCACCGUAACGUGCAUGCACCCGGCUGGCUGCACCUCGAGUCCUCACAUCUUCCCGAAACGGUUCAGCAAACUGUGUAUAUGUCACCUCUUGAUUUUUCCAGUCCUGUUACGGCUGAUU